GAAAGAACAAAAAAAAAAAAAAACUCUAAUAAUGGAUUAUUAAUCAUAAUAAUCCUCACACUAAUCUCCUCCCUUCUUCCCCCCAUUUGUCUUAAUUUCCCCAAAAAAAAAAAAAAAAUACCAAAAAAGACAAAACAAAACAAAACAAAACAAAAACAGUUUAGUUAGUGUUUUUAAUUUUCCCGGCGGAAAAAAUGGACAAAACGGAAUCAUCGGACACCCAUGUUCCCAAAUCCGAAGAUCACGAUCACAAACCACAUUCCGAUGAAUCGGAACAAAAACUUCAUUCAUCGACGACGGAAUCGGAAACCACCGAGGCGAGUCUUGUUCAGGUGAUGGAAGCCGUCGACGUAUUCAUCCAAUCACUUUCUUCCGAGAAUAAUGAUCCUUUACAGGAGAUUCCACCGGCGGUGGAGCCAUUCCCGGAGACGGUGGAUUCAUUGGUGUCAAAGAUGGAAUCUUCCGGGCUUGGACGAGACGAAACAGAGGACUCUGUAUUCAUCGACGCCGUUAACCGGAUUUCAAAAUCGGUUAUGAGAUUGAGAGAGCUUAAAUUAGAUUCAACUCCGGUUUCUUCUUGGUUAAACCGGGCAAGUUCGGUUCAGCACCGUGCUGUCUCUCUCCUCGACGAAGAGUUCCGUCAUCUUCUUGAUCGUUCCAGAGAAGAUAAUAAGAAGAAGAACAGAAACAACAACGAUGGGAACAGCUCCGAUCAUAACCAUUCUUCGGCAAACGAAUCCGACCGAUGCGCUUUACCGGACAAUGAUAAGGAGGAGGAGGAGGAAGAAAGCUUCCCGGAUUUUUCACCGGAAUCGAUCUCGACGUUGAAGAAGAUCGCCGGGGCGAUGAUCUUCGCCGGUUACGAAUCAGAGUGUUGUAUGUCAUACGAAAUGUCGAGACGGCACGCGUUCAAGGAGGAGCUGAGCGAGGUUGGAUUCGAAGGGAUCAACGUUGAAGACGUUCAGAGAAUAGCUUGGGAGUCUCUUGAAGGUGAGAUCGCUUCUUGGAUCUCAAUCGUUCGCCGUUGCUCCACCUUGCUUUUCCCCGGCGAGCUUUCUCUCUGCAACACCGUCUUCACCGAUGCCUCGAUCCGUAAACGCCUCUUCACCGGUUUGGUCUCCGCUGUUACAAUCCGGUUCCUAGAUUUCUCCGGUGCCGUGGUUCUUACGAAACGGUCCUCGGAGAAGCUUUUUAAGUUCCUUGACAUGUACGAGACGCUCCGUGACUUGAUCCCAGCGGUUGAACAAUCUGAUUCGGAUCUGAUCCAAGAGAUUAAACUGGCUCAGACGAGGCUAGGUGAAGCAGCAGUUACUAUAUUCGGAGAGCUUGAGAAGUCGAUCAAGAGCGAUAACGGAAGAACACCAGUUCCAAGCGGUGCUGUUCAUCCAUUAACACGUUACACCAUGAACUACCUCAAAUACGCAUGUGAGUACAAGGAGACACUAGACCAAGUGUUCCAACACUACGAAUCGAAUCAAACAGAUACCCUAGAUAUCAAAUCGAAACUGUACAGAGACCCGUCACUGCGAUACAUAUUCUUGAUGAACAAUGGGAGAUACAUUCUGCAGAAGAUUAAAGGUUCGACAGAGAUAAGGGAUUUGAUGGGACAGUCAUGGACAAGGAAAAGAUCGACAGAGCUGAGACAGUAUCAUAAGAGCUACCAGAGAGAGACUUGGGGCAAAGUGUUGCAGUGUAUGAAUCAAGAAGGGUUACAGGUAAACGGGAAAGUGUCCAAGCCGGUUUUGAAAGAAAGGUUUAAGAUUUUCAAUGCUAUGUUCGACGAGAUUCACAAGACGCAGAGCACUUGGAUUGUGAGUGAUGAGCAGAUGCAAUCUGAGCUUAGGGUGUCGAUCUCAGCGUUGGUGAUUCCAGCUUAUAGGUCUUUCUUUGGGAGGUAUAAACAACAUCUUGAUUCAGGGAAGCAGACGGAUAAGUAUGUCAAGUAUCAGCCUGAGGAUAUUGAAUCUUUCAUUGAUGACUUGUUUGAUGGCAACCAUCCUACUUCUUUGGCACGCAAGAGAAAUUGAUAACUCGUUGUCUCUUAAGCUAUGAGGAGAACACGACUUGUUCCUUUUUGCUUCUUCCUUUUUUUAUUUCCAACCCUUCUAUCAUUAUCUUUCAUUACCUUCAUGUUUAUAGAACCCGACAAAGCUACCAUGAAAACUUUUUGUUUUUUUCACUUUUCAAAAGUUUGAGUUUCUUUUACUGUUAAGUCUAUGUUUUAAUAUCCUGUUUGAACAGGUUGUGAGCGAAAAUUGUUUAGAACUACUUAGGGAUAAAGGCACAAAAUUAUCUUUCAGUUAAAAUGUAUUGGAUAUUUUUUGUGUUUAAAUGAUGAUUUGAAUUCAUGA